AUGAAAGAGCGACGAAGGAGCUCACUUCCACGACAUGGGAAAGGAUCAUGGGAUGAGGAAAAGAAAGAAAAGGUGCAAGGUGAGGAGAUAUCGAGAGGUAGAAUAGGUGAAAUGAGUUCAAAGGAAUUAGUUAAGACACGCUUCUUUAGCACAGGCCACAGAGUGAAGUUGGAAGGUUCAAUGAACUACGUGAAGGGGAAAUCUUGGGCGCUAUUGUUGUCUAUAUACAAGUGGCGUAGGCGAAGCUGUGGCGACUCGUGGAGUAGACAGCGAGCUCCGCUUGAACAGAAAUCAGCAAGCUGCAAGCACUACUCCAAAAGCAGUGAGCUCCGCAACAAAAGCGAAGCGAGCCGCGGUAGCCUAUUAAGUUUUUCAGUUGCAUCGUACCGUACUAUGGGAGGGAUCCGUACCUCCUUUAGAUAG